CUGUACUGCACCACAGCCAGCGCCAUUUUCGUGUUGGUACUGUGUUAGAGAUUUGAUUCAGUCUUAUACUCGACUAUUUUAGAUAUUCUCCUGUGAAUUUGGCUACUGAAUAUGGGAAAAACACUUGAUGAUAUGUGCUGAAGCAUUAAGAUAUUAAUCCAUCGUUUGUGUUAAAAUAUGGCAACUGAAACUGAAAGUGGUCCUGGUGUUUCCGUGGCUGAGAAUCAGUUAUCUGCAUCAAGUGAGGAAGCUGGAGGAAGAUUUCAGUCACCAGAUCGUACUGAUUUCCCAGUCCCUGGGCACAUUCUUGGACGGACCGUGGACGAUCCUGCCGCUGAUGUUGUUGGUUCAGUAAAACCAUACCAAAAACCCCGACUGGGAGUCAAAGUGCCAUACAUGAACUUGACAAGUCAAAUAGUAUCCCAGGACGAAAUUGCAGCAGAGUUGGCUGAGCGGGCUGAACGAGCGCAGAAGAAUAAUCCGCCAGGAACGAUUGAUGGCAGCAAAACAGGAGAUAUGCUCUUCACAAUGAAGAUGACCCAUCGUCUAGUGAAAAGCAUCAAACCCACAUUCCCAGAAAAAAAUCUUGGAGCUGAUCAGCAGUCGAUCGAGUCACCUGCACCAUCCACACCUACACCUGCAACCGCGCCCUCACCUGCAUCUGUACCUGCACCUGCACAGCCAGAGACUGGAGGAGGUGCUAGCAGUCCAGAAAAACAUGAUGCUAAUAGUCUGCAUAGUCAGCUCAUGAAAACACUCGAAGAUGAAAAUGCAUUGGACCCAACUCUCAACUCCUUAUCAAAUCAAGACUCAAAGGUGCCGAAACGAGCCGCAGGGAAGUCAAAAGUUCAUGUGAAGCUAGACAGAGAGCUCGAAAGGCAACUAGCACUGCAACAAUUACAAGAAUUCAACAUGCAAAAGCAGAUCAGGAAAGAACUGAAAGAGAAAUCCAAAGAAGAAUUGAAAGAAAAAUCGAAAGAACAACAACUGAAACCUAAGAUUAAACGUAACAGGAAGAAUAUCAAACUCAAAAAUAUCGUGAUCAAUCGCAAAUUAGACGAGACAGAAGCACCCAUUCUUCCCUACAAAAGUAUUCAGAGGAAACAUAAAGUAACGAUCGGUGUAGUUCCGGUAAACGGUGCUGAAGCAAGUGCUCGAGUAACAGCAAAUGAAAAUGAUGUCACUGAAGCUCCGCCCGAAAUUCCGGAUAUUAAAAUUGCGAAAGACAAACAUUACAUGAAAAAGUAUUCCAACAAGCGUCACUCAGAAGAUGCGAUGAAUGGCUCAAACGAAAUUAUUGACGAAAUUGCCUCUGAAAUUCUGGAUCCAACACCUAAGAAGAAACGAAAGAAAGCAAAGCUUGUGAGCAACACCCCUGUGCCUGUUGAAGAGACAGGAACGCCUGGCCCAGAAGGCUCCUCUCCCGGAAAGAGGAAAAGUACGAGGAAGAUAAAGCCCACAGAAAAAGUAGCUCAGAAAAAACAGAAGUUGUUGAAAGGAAUCAAAGCAGCCCCUGCGCAGCCUGAACCUGUUGAGAAUGGAACUCCAAGUGCAAGUGAUGGAGCCGCAGCCGUGCCUGAAGAUGAAGAGCCUCAAGUGGACGCAAAUGGAUCAAUGCAAGUUGAGACGAAUACUAAUGAAAGUGGCGAAACUCAGGAUGUCCCUCCGGAUGCAUCUUCAGAUCCCACUGCCACCGCUGAAGGUGGGAAGAAGUCUCGCAUGAUGCGCGAAAUAGACCGAUUGCUCAUGGACGAAGGUGCAAUAAACAUGCUCUACUCCAUUGAAGAAAAACGUUCGCCAAAGAACAGUAACCAAAAAGCCAACUUGUUACCGUCUGCCCGGCGUAAGAAACGAGACCUCGUUCUAAAAACUAAAUUGGUCAAGAGUGCCGUUUUGAAACUAUCGGGAUCACCUAAAGAUGCAAACCGAAGUCAGAGACAGAGUCAAAAACAAAAUGAAGUGGAAACUGAUGAAGCGCGAAAAGCAUCCGUCGAUUCUCAAGAGUCAGUUCCAGGUGCAUCUCCGAAACCAAGUAGCUCAUCUCUGCCAGCUGAAGCGUCGCGCAUCAUCAGGAGGCACUCCUCUAGUAGCUCCUUCUCCAGCGCCGCUGGCAGCCCAAGGCGUAUGAGCACCGACUUUGAGCAUCCUCCACCAAACCUCACCCCUGACGGUGUGAGUGUCAGCGGCAAAAAACUAAAGAAGAAAAAUGUGAACAAAGUGAAAAAGGCUCUAUCACCAAAGAAAGAUGCAAGUGCAGUCUCCAAUACGCAACAAGUCAAAUCUCUUCCAAAUCAAUCAGCUCCUCCCAAAAUGAGCUCACCUGUCAAAGAAGAUGUCCGCAGUGAAAUGUCCAAAAAUUUCAACAAAAAAGCCAGCAGUCCGAAGAAUGUCAUUCGAAAAACGCUUUAUGCGGAAGAAAAAAGUCUGAAUACUUCGGCUGCGGUAGCGACAGCUUCCAGCUCAGCAAUGCCUCCCCCGAGUGUGCAGAGGACCACCCCUGCUGCACCCAUAAGUACAGCACCUGCUAAAACGUCAACUCCGCAGCAGCCAGUUAAUGCUAUUCAUCAGAGGAAGAGUAGCUCGCUAUUUUUGGAAAAUCUGGCAAGUAGAGAAUUCAAUGACAAAUUGGAACGCCUGGAUACGCAGCAACCACGGGUAGGGCCGACCACUUCAGCCUUGCCCAAAGUGGAUUGUUAUCAAGAAAUAACUGUUCAGAAGAUGAAGGACCAGCAUUUGAUGCAUAUUGUUCUCACCCCCAAUCCUGCUAAAAUUAAAAACGCUUUGAAUGUGCGGGUUAUAAGAGAACUUAUUGCAGCAAUACAAACAGCUAAUGCUGAUAAAGGGAUUCGAGCUGUUCUAAUAACAUCUAUCGGAACGACCUUCUGCCAGGGAAUAGAUUUUGAAUCUCUCAUUGAAGAUGAUGUUGAAAGGCGGAAAACUGUUGUCGUGGAGCUAGCCAUUGCAAUCAGGGAUUUUAUACAUGGUCUGGGAAUGUUUAACAAGUUGCUUAUAGCUGGUGUUCAUGGACCUGCAGUGGGACUGGGUGUUAUGAUGUUACCGUAUUUUGAUAUGGUGUUUGCCAGUGAUAAGGCAACCUUUUACACACCAUAUACCAAGCUUGGUCAGAUUCCUGAAGGAGCCCCCGCUUUGACCAUGAGCCACAUGUUGAGUAAUGCUGCUACAAGCGAGUUAAUCUACGGAUGUAGGCAGUUGACAGCAAGUGAGGCUCUUCGGUGUGGGCUGGUUACGCGUAUCCUAUGGCCAGACCGCUUCCAAGAAGAACUGUUGCCAAUAGUUACAGAAAUAUCUUCCCAUUCAGCGCAAGCGAUGGAGGCAACAAAAACAUUGAUGCGCAAGGAGAUGAGGGCUCAAUUAAACAUGGCGCUAGCAGCGGAAUGUCAUUUACUUGUUAAGAACUGGAACACUCCCGAGUGUCAAGAGAACUUCAAGAAAUUUCUGCGAGAUGAGUCUCUCUGGCAAAUAACAAAAUAAUUGUAUCAUAAUUUUUUUUUGUAUAUUUUGAAUGUUGAUUUGUUAAUUAUGGUCCUAGUCCAAUGGACCAGUAACAGCGUAAUACUGUUUCUAGGGCAAUCCUGUUUAAGUUUGACCCUCCACUUGUUCCUAAUUUUUACGAGUAAGUGCGAGUUCAGUCUGCACGCUGACAAGAGGAAAAUAAUCCUUCUGAUGGUUUGUUGUGUAUCCCCACUCUGCUGUUUCUCUAGUUUUCAAUAGACUUUAAUAUCUAGAAUGUUCAGUAUGAAAGCGGGUGAGAAAAAAUUAAUAUUUCAACCUGAUUGGAAAACUGUCCAAACCUAAACGGUAAUCAUUGUAAAUAUUGUAAUGCAUCAUUAGUUCGUAACCACCCAAUAUGUGACUUUUCUCUCAGUGGUUCACUGACCAAAGCAAUCUUUGCAAGCAUUGAUUUUCAAUCUGAGAUGGACUGAAUAAAUAUGACCAAACUAUCUUAUAAAGUAUUUCAUAUUUGAAAGGAGGUACCUUUUUUCAUGACGAAAUAUUCAUUUGAUUUUAAAAUUUGUCUUGCCAACAAUAAACAAGGCUAAAAAUCCUCGAGCCUUGAUAUACAUUAUUGACAAUGGAUUCCAGGGUUUAUGAAUUUAUGGAUGUUUACCUUUUUUGCACAUCUCAAUUGAUUCUUGGCUGUGGCGCACCAACCCCAUAGAAGGAAUUGUAUCAAAAAGUCUUGGCAAGAUCAGUCCCUCUGGCAAAUAAUUGAACAAUUUUACAAUAAUUUAUCUCUGUAGAAAUUUAGAAAAACAAUACAGAAAAGAAAGACUUACCUUCCAAUCAUAGCAAUCAAAUUUGAGUGAAAGGUAUGUACAAUCAGAACCUGAUCAUGGAAUAGUAGAUCAUGAAAAAGAGCGUGAUCGAGAGUGAAACAACGAAUGGUGUAAAUUGGGGAUAAAUGGGAAAAGAGGGUCACGACUAACUAUAAAACCUCAUAUCUCAGUUGCAAGGGUUAAAAAUUUCGAAGCAUGCUUCAUGUUACAAAAUGGAAGCAAAUUAACCCCUCAGCUUGAAUUUUUUCUGAUUUUCUUUACCGUUUCUUGGUUACCUUGCAAUCAUGUCAAGUUAAAAUCUUGAUUCGUUUCUCCUCUGAAAAAAAAACAAUGCCCCCAAAUUUUGGAGCCUUGCAAUUAAGAUACUGUAAUUUAGAGCUUAAUCACCGUAGGGCAGUGUAAAAUAGAGGAGAUACCAUGACGUGCACGGCAUUUUGACAUCAACGGAAGUAGAGAAGAUACUGCAUCCAAGUCGGCGUAAUAUUGUUCUGUCAUCUGAAUGGAAGUGACAAAAUUGUAAAUUGAAUUUCUUCAAACUCUAAGCUAAUGUUCAUAUUCAGUUGGGAAGUCAAUUAUCAAUUCGUUGACAUGUUUACCAAAAGCUACUUGUACAUGUAUGUGCUUUAUCUGUAUAUAAGUCUUCUUAAUCACAGAGCUGGGGAAAGACUUCUCAUCCACUAGUUAUCACCUAGUUGUACCUGUCGAUCCCAUGUUUUUAUGUAUUAUGUCAUAAGGUGUACAUAGUAUAAUCGCAGCCUUUUUUUGCGGCAAAUCUAGGACUCCAUUCUAAGCAAAUAGUUUUAUUUACACUGAGGAGUUGUUCAAUUUAACCCAGGAAUAUUUUUCCUGCUUUUUAGAUUACUUUUGGUGAUGGCAGUGCAUCUUUAAAUCAAUUCUGUUGUUUAAGUAAAAAGUCUCUCCACAAAUACUUUUCUGAAUUUGUUAUUUUUGACUUGAACCCCAUGCUGAGUCCGAAAUGCAACCUCUCAGCAAGUAUUUUUAAGUAUCCUUGCGUCUACAUCUGUGAAAACUUCAAAAGCAGAGCUCAUUAACCCAUUCAGAACUUUUUCUACGGCUUGUCCCACUUUCCUGAUGAUUACUGCAUUUACCAGGAUCAAAAAGCCUGUCAACAAAAUGGGAUUUUCUGCCUUUACUGGAACCUCUUUCAUUCAAUCGUGUCUUAAAUGAAACCCAAUGAUGAGACAAUCCUCAACUGUAAGUUAUAGAAAGUUGAAAGCUUGUUUGGUAAUACAGCAUUGCAAAGGUUUUUUUUUUUUUUUUUUUUUUUUAUCAUUUAAAAAUUCACAUAAUUUGAGGUUUCUCUGUCAAUAAAUCAACUUUGGUCCAUCUUUUUGCAUUUUCUGAGUCUCAGUUUCAUCAGCUGAUGUUAUUCGGCUAAUGAGACCACUGUUGAUCCAAACGUUUAACAACUGGUCGCAAUGCAGUGUUACAAAGAUUAUUCACGAUUUCUCAGACCUUCAGUAUGAAACUUUAUUCCUGGUUAUUUAAGUUGGACAAAGUUGGGGACUGGGGGCCAAGGGUUGACCUCAAGGUAACCUGGAGGAUAGAAACCUUGAAACGAUACAAUUUGAAUUCCUUGGUGUCUACUUUCUGUUCAACCCCCAGUUCCCGACUUCAUCUGACUCAAAAUAACGGAGGAAAAAGCCUUGCACUGGUGGUCUAGGAUACCCUGUAUAAACUUAGCAACGCUGUAUCCUGACCAGUCUCUAACCAUUGUUUUAAAUGACAGUCCAUAUCGCCAAGUAACUUAAGCUGAUGAUACUAUGCCAAAGAAAAUGAAUAGGGAUCACUUAAGUUGUUUUGUAAUCAAGGAACCAGAAUAUAUCAGCAUUUUUCAAGGGUGAAAAUGUAAACUUGGCAAUGCUGCUUUGCUAAAACGAGCUUUUACAUCAGUCAUAAACUUACAGUGGGAGAUCAUCUCUUCAUAAGGUUUUGUGUAGGACACAUUUAAGCGAAAUUCCUGAGCGUUCUGAGAAGGGCACUUUUUGGACAAGCUCUUUCUGGCGGUUUUUAAUUUUUUUAUUACAUAUUAUUAUGUUAAAAAUACCUCAGAAAGUUGAUCGGUGCAUUUGAUGUUUUCCCUUAAAAAACGGGGGAAAAUUAACUUAAUUUUUAAGUGAAUACAAUAGGAUUUUCUUUUAAUGUGCCCUCUACUGUUAUCAAAUUGAUCAGUCCUUAGAAAAAUCCAGGGACUGGUUGAUCCAAUAUCUCACAGCACUAAAACCCUAAUGAUGUUUAUCCGGAUACUGGCAUGAAAGUUGCUCUUUUCUCAGUAUUCACAGCCUCAUCAGUCCGAGUUUUACUCGGCACAAAAAUCUCCUUUCUAAACUUUAUAAUGUAAGUCUAAAGUUGGGUACGUUUAGCCAGAAUCAGCCUAUUUGUUUUUGAAGUUGGCUAAUUGUCUCUCAUGUUUCAUUCUGUCAACAGAAAAUUAAAUAGCAUUACACCUUAAAAAAUAUUGUUCAAGUCAAUUGUUAGGUACUAUCUUGUCAAAAAAUAAAAAUUAAGAAAACUAGGCAACUUCUGCAAGCUGAUUAUUAAAAAAAUGUGUGGACCGAACAUUAGGUUGAGAAGACCGAGGAAAACUGAGCUGCCCUAUCGGUUGAAACGGGUGGUUGUUGUAGAUGAAGGGAGAAAAUGAUGGACGAACUAUAAGCCCUCAUUGGUUGGUGUUAGUCAAUUAAUUAUCUCCUUUGUCCAUUAUAACCACCUGCUUCUACCCAUAGGAUUGCUCCAUUUUUUCUUUGUCUAUUUUGUCGAUCAAUAUUGAUAAUGAGCUGGGCUGAUUCUGAUAAAAUCCGUCCAAUUUCUCAAAAGAAAUUUGAAUUUUCUUAGUUUCUGUCAAUACUUUUUCUCAUCACCAUAUUUUGUAUUUCUUUGAAGCAUUGUUUAGUAAUGGUUCGAGUUGAUGUUGAACUAUAGAUAUUCUCAACUUUUGUGCGGAUUCAGGAGAUAAAGUAUUUAUCACAGUUUUCUAGUUCUUUGUGUACAGUUUCCUCUAUUGUUCGUUUUAGGGAAAAAUCAGUUAUCAAGGACUAUUCAAGUAGACGCAUUUCCCUCUCAUCUUGAUACCUUUACAUCCCCCCUAUAAUGUUCUUGCCUAUGUUUCUGUAAUGGAGUAUAAUGUUGAUAGAGAAUCCGUUUACCUUUAGGUGCGUUAAACAAUACUUGAAGAGACCCUACGUCUGGAGAGAAUGUUUGUAAUAAAAAGAAAUGAACCUCAUGGACUACACCUUGUCGUUGUUGUUGUAAAAUUAGUACUCACUUUUUUCUUCAUCCAAUAGGUCUUUUGUCACUUGAACUAGUGGCCUAUUUUUAUGUUUUAGCUUCUUUUAUUGUGUCUUACUGUACAUUUUUUCCCAGAGAGUUUCCUUAAUUAUUGUCUAAUCAUAGUAAUCAUUUUCUAUUUUGAAUGUGCUCGGCAUUUUCUAGACCAGAGAGCAUUCUUAUCUGCUCUAAUUUGAAACCUCCUCUUUUUUUUGAGAGAAUCAAAAGUUCUCGUUAUUUUAUUCUAGAAAGGUCUUUACCUGCUGUUGAACUUUUCUAAUUGUCAACUAGGGUAGGGUGAAUGGCACUAUUGUUAUCGUUCAUGUUAGCCAAAGGAAGACGAAUUUAUAUACAGGGCUUUGAAUCAUAAAAUCAUGCUAGAAAUAACAAGUUGAUCAUUCAGUGGUAUUUUCAUAAAAUGAAAAAGGAGUCUGGAUUACGGGACUUAGAAGUAGGAGCAUCAUUUCACACUAUUUUCUGUUUCUCUUUUCUCCACAGCUAACCUUGAGCUCUACUUAUUUUUUGUGCAUAAGUCCAGGCGCCUGGUAAGUCUACCUGGUAAUUCGGGUACACAGCUUUUUUUUUGGCUUUUUUUUUGGCCUACUUUGUGUCAUUUGGGUCUCUGAAUCCGAAUCUGAAGUUUCCUAACACGUACCUUGUGUGCAUCUGCUGCCAUGUUGAAGAAACGGCCUAAGAAAGCCUUUUUUUGCGUUUUUCUAGAAUAGCAGCAACGCAUGAAAAAAAACCCAAAUUUAGUUGAUUUUUUGAAUAGCUAACGUAAUUUGGAAGAUAGUGGUAUAUAAAUGUGCUAGGUUUGCUCAAAAAUUGAGGAAGAUUCAGCAUCGUGAAAAUUGCGCCCACUCACGUUUUCGCGGCGCACCCGUGAACGCGCGCUCCGCCAAGUUCCGGAGUCUUCCAAAGUUCCGAGUCCCGAGGCUCCUCAAUUUUUUAGCAAACCUAGCACAUUUAUAUACCAUUUUCUUCCAAAUCACGUCAGCUAUUCAGAGCAUCAACUAAAUCCGGGAUUUUUUCUAAUGCGUAGCCGCUUUUUUCAAAAAAACCGCAAAUAAAGGCCUUUUUAGGCAAUUUUUUCUAAAUGGCGGCAAACCACAGCAGAUACGUGUAAGGAAACUGCAGAUUCAGAUUCAGCGACCCAAAAAACCUACAGCAGGCCAAAAAAAUUGCUGUGUACCCGAAAUUUCAGGGAGCCUCAUUUUUAGCUACCAGGCGCCUGGACUACAGAGCAGUAUUUCCUUAAUUUCUCUUCCUUGCCAGAAAUUAAUCCAGCCUUAUUGUUCUAUUUUUUUGAUGGUCGCAGAAAGCUUUGUCUCAGCCGCCCCCCUCCCCCUUCACCUUGUUUCGUCCAGCAAUAUUCGACUGCUCCUUAAGAACCAAAAUCGUCAAACCACUGAUCUCAUUUUCCUAUCACCGACGUAAUAUAUAUCUCGAGCUGAAUUUGAGUAACAGGUGAAACUUUAGCUAACCUUUUCCUGCUGCUUAAUAAGAUAGAUAGCCUAAUUUUAAAACUUGCUUUGAGAUGUGCGUUAAGUUUUUGUGCGUUUUAACAAAUUGUUAUUAUGUAUUACGGUAUGGUACAGAAUGUUUUUUCUGGGGUUAUUUGUUACUUAGAUUUACAUGGUGCUUAUUCUUUGUAUUCAUGGAUGUUCAAACUGAUUUCAGUGGGUAAUCUUUGCCGCACCUACUAAUCCUCCUACAUUCACUGUCAUCACGAGAACUGAAGUUGCAUCUUAAAUUCAGAUCAUUUACAACUUUCAUCACCUUAAUGCGCAAAAAUAUUUCUUUUAAUUUUCAAACAAACGUUUUACGCUUACUAUUGACCGCAUUUUUCUUGAUUUCAUGUUUACAAAUAUUUGGUCCAUUAGUUACAAACGCUAUAAAACCAAUUGCUUAGGAGGGAAACCGCCCAAUGUACCAUCAGUUGCCCCUGCCUUUAGAUGUGAAGACAAACUGAGGCAGUCUCACCAGCCAUGAAAAACGUUGUAUUUAUCUUGUGUAAGCACUUUAAUCUAGAAAAAACUUCUUUACAGUAACAUUGUAAAGGAAACCAGCCUUCUUUUUCAAUGAAGUGUAUGAUUAUAAUCUAGUUUUCUAACCUUCUUAAGGUUCAAGUAAUGUUUGUAUUUUUCAACCCCCCAAAA